AUGGAUCGUCCAUCCAAACCUUCACUGCCGCGCCCGUCGUCCGUAGCUUCGACGAACCUGAACGCCACCUCGACCAACAAGAACCGACAAUACGCGCACCUCCAUGCCCAACUGGCCCAGCUUAACGCGCACCUUGCGGACACGGAGAACUUGGUGCGCAUGACGGCGGUGCAGGCCCAAGACAUGCGGUUUUUGGGCGGCUAUGUGGGCGCCAUGUUUAUGGGGAGUGCCAAAGUCUUGGGCGAAGAGAGUGUGCAGGGCCGGGGGAAGCAGAAGCAGAAGCAGGAGGGGUCAUGA